CCACCCACUUGCACUUGCCACUGAAUAGAAACAGGCUGUAUUGUCACGGGAGACUCCAAACUGUCUGCGCCUGUCAUCGCCAUCGCCAUGGGAAGAAGGCUCCCGUGUGUCUACUUGCUUGUCUUCGUCAUUUUCCAAGAGGCACCUGGCUUCAAGAUCCAGAACAAGCUGCUUGGAAAAUGUCUGCAGGUGCAGGAAGGAACUUCAGGGAGAAGAGUAUCUCUAGGUGAUUGCAGCCCACAUUUGGCCUUACAGGAAUGGCGUUGGCACCCAGAGAGCCAUGCUCUCAGAAAUCACCACACCAGGGAGUGUCUGACGGCACCAGGAGAGCAGUACGAAGGUGUCCACAUGCAGCCCUGCCUCUCUCAGGCUGAAAGUGAGGAGACUGGUGCCGGAGUGGCAGUGAUGGAUAUGGGCAGUGAGGCAAGUGGCCAAGCAUGGUCCUGUUCCAAGAAAGGUCACCUCACUUUGACAGGGAGGGGUCUGCACCUGAGUGCUACACAAGAAUCCACUUUGGUCUUCCUUUCGAGGGAACAUAAGCAGCCUGGCAGCAGGUGGCGGGCUCUUGACAACCAGACACUGUGCAAUGGGAGAGACAACAAACAUCACCAACACCAACCUCACCACAAUCUGGGGAAGAUGUUGGAGCCUGGAGUUUUUCCAAGUGCUGUCGCCGAUAUACACAGACAGGCUGAACCAUUUGAAGGUAUAAUGGCCGCUGAGGUUACAGAAACAUAUCAUGGAAUGGAUGCUCCUCUUUCAUCCCUGAGCACCAAAUCCCCUGCAGAUCCCACCAUGAUUUUCUUCAGUAUGGACUAUGGGAUGGGCUGGAAGAUAACCAUGUUGGUACUGAGCUCUUUGGCUCUGGUCCUGGGGACUGUGAUUCUUAUUCUCAAUGUUUACGCCAAUAGAAGAAAGAAGGUGGUGUGUGUUCUGAAGUCAUACACUCCGAAGCCGGAGGUGAGUGUUCCCGCGUCUCCGAUGCCCAGUGAAAGAGCCCCACUGACAGAGCACGCCAUGCGCCUUCCACACUCCUCCCCGACUUUACAGCGAGGAGCAAUCCUGAUUGAGUGGAAGGAUGGCACUGUUACCCCGCUGUACGAGGCCUGAAGGUUGUGCUGUUGAAAUAUGUUUGGACACGGGUGUGUUUGUGCGAGAACACAUGGUUUCUUGGUGCCAAAAUUCUACUAAGCAAGCUGUUUCAUAAAAGGAAAAGUUCAUGGAUCGGUAUGAGUCCUCAAAAAACACUGAGAUCUGAUAUUUGGUGUUUGACCUUUGACGUUUGAGAUUUGAGGGAUUGCUUGUUGGAUGAAAGGAUUGUAAAAUUAAUGUUUCAGCAUUCACCAUUGCAUUGUUUGUAGGCUUACUAUAAGUACAGUUCAAAGAUUCUACAGAGUAAGCAAUAGCUUAGGCUUCUAGUUGGAUAAACACUUAAACUAAUCUUUGUUUGCUUAGGCCUAAACUGUUUGAAGAUGUGACCCUCUUGUUCCAGUUUGAUUUCGGACACUGGUUUGCUGUGGAGUUGGCCCAGGUGUCCCUUUACAAAUUUGCUUGAUUUUAAAGAGUUCAAAAGGUCUGCAGGCAAUUUUUGACACAGUGUUGCCAAACAACGUAUCAAGACACACCUUGGUUACUGAGACUCACACCCUUAAUAUUAGGAUUAACAGUAGGGCUGUGCCAAAUAGGUGAGGCUUUGAAGUUUUCUUCAUAACACUGACAUUCAAAUUCUAAACCAAUAAGCUGCGUGGCGUUUUUCUAUUCUUUUAUUUUUGCAUGCUAUUCAUUCUGUUUAAACCAGGUAUUUCUGUACAGAAAUAAAGAUAAAGAUCAGAGUGUGCAAGAUUGUUUCAUGUGGUCCAAACAUUUUCAGUAACUCCAGAAUGUUGUAAUGACCUUUGGUACAGUCCUGGUUAAUAGGCUAUUUUAGGAAAAUAUGAUUACACUUGUGUUGCAACUUUGUUGUGUUGAGUUGCAAAAAAGACUGAUGGAGGUUGUUUUCAUAACAUAAUUCAGUAUUAUUUAGCUCGUACUAAAUAAUAACUACAUAGAAUAGUUAAGAUUUCAGGAGAAAAUCUUAACCUAGUUGACAUAGGUUAUGUCAGUAGUCUGACACAGUAUAAUACAGUACUGUAAUGCACUUUGCGUUGAUACUGACACUACAUCAGCAUUAAUGAAUUUAAAUUGUUAAUAUUGAGAGUGCUUGUAACAUUGAAGUGUGCGGUGCCACCUACCACAAAAUGUCAAGUAAAUUAUAUUGUUACACCUGUUUCCCUUAUUGAGCAAAGAAAUGCUACUGUACACCUUCUGAAUUUAAUUUUCUCUCUUUCACCAAACUAAGACUAUCCUUGGCUCAAUCGCCCUGUAAAACACACGUCAUUCAAACUCAACAGAAACAAAAGAAACCUCACCAAAACUGCCUUAAUUAGUCUUGCUAGUCAUCUAUUUAGUUAGUCUACCGUUCCAGUGAUCACCAACUUUAGUUUGGUGGAAAUAAACCCAUAAUUCACUGAGUUAGGUGUAAAAAUAUGCUGUUUCCCCCAUGGUCUCUCUCUGCUAUUGCGGCUAUUCACAGUCCCAUAAUGUUAUCCCCACCACUUGCAGCUGCCAUGUCUGUCAGCUCGGCUGCCUGUUCUACCAGAAGAGACUGACCUCUGGUGGCGCGUGCUGUGCACUACAUACACCGAGUUUAAUGGAAAGCGGAGCGUCUGUAUUUUGGAUGGUACUGAACAACAUGCUGUCGGGAUCUCUAAAUAACCUGGUACAUCAUGUUGCCACUUUCACAUUUGGGACCUCCAUCCUUAAAAGUUCAAAGUGAAGAUUGUUUUCUAUAGUUAAAAGGAAAUGAGCCAGCUUUUGAGUGGAGAUUAUUUUGUCUAUGACUGACUUGUUGUAUUUGUAUGUGGCAACCUGUUAGACCACUAAUUUGCACUAAAUGGUGUUAGUUUUUUAACUAAAAAGAAGUAUUU